AUGUCGCAACGCAGCUCCGAGGAUUCGCAAUGGGCGCUGCCAGAGGAGCCGGAGGCCAAGGCAGAGAAUAAACAAAAGAAAGGCCUUAUGACGAAACUGAAAUCAGGUUGGAAUAGUCUGGACCUGGAUAUGCCGACUGUUCUCUUGAUGAUGAAGUUUCAGGCCGAUUCGGUGGCCUCCAGAUUCAAUACGGUGGGAUACCUCAUGGCCAUCAUAUCGGUCCUGGGCUUUUCAAUCCAGCCUCGCGCCAAGUUUAUCCAGAUGGUGGUCCUGGACGUGUUGGCCGUGUGUGUGGCAUCCGCUGUUACCCUGCUCAUGAUGUACUCGUGUGUGAAGGCACGGCAGCACACGGAGGUGGUGUCUAGCGCAGGUGAGAGUAUUGUCAACACGCCGUAUAACCAGUCGGCGUCGGCUGUUAGCGGUGUCUGGCUGUUCUUUCAAAUUUACGUUGUCCAUUCGUUUCGGGCCAAGUUCCAGCAGUUCCAGUUUCCGGUUAUCAUCUACUCGAUUGUGGCCAACGUAACUUUCAGUUAUGCUCCCCGCAUGACGACAAUGGCUGCUGCUAUAUCUACGGUCACGAAAUUGCUUGAGACAUGCCUGGUAGGCUUGGCCCUGGCUACUGGCGUAUGCCUAUUUAUCUAUCCCGUCACUUCGCGGACGGUAGUGUUCAAGCAGAUGGCCGGCUAUGUGGGAUGCCUGCGCGGGGCUCUUCAAGCUCAUACAGUCUACUUCGAGUCUCUGGAAGAGAGUGACAUGUUUGGUAGAGCAGAAACAUAUGAUUCCAAGGUAGAAAAAAUCACCAAGGACGGCAAGGUGUACAGUCCAGAGGCGCAAGCCAUCCGGACAGCAGUGCAGAAAAUCACCGAGAUUCAUGGUAAGCUUCACGGGGAUUUGACCUUCGCCAAGCGUGAGGUCGCGUUCGGCAAUCUCGGGCCCGAUGAUCUUCAAGCGAUUUUUCGAAACCUUCGACAAGUCAUGAUCCCUGUCGUGGGUUUGAGCUUUACGGUGGACUUGUUCCAGCGCCUCUCUGAAUAUAAUAAAUGGAAUGCGCCCCUCGAUCCCACGGCGACUGAUAUACCGGAUCUGGUACGUCAUCGCGUGGUCCAAGAAUGGAACGAUAUCAUGCGGGCGGUGCAUGACCCGUUCAAGUCUAUGAUCCAGGCGAUAGACGAGGGUCUCCAGCAUAUCACAUUUGUGCUCAAACUGGCAAAGCCACCGAAGAAGAAUGCUACUGCUACAAAUGGUGAGACGUCAUCGAGUGGUGUGGAAGAUGUUGAGGCUUCGGCGGUACCGUCUCCGGGCGACGAAAAGUUCGCAGCCCAUCUUGAACAGAGACUUCGUGACUUCAAGGUUGCUAAGCGGAUUGCCCUUCGAACGUGGAGUGAAGAAAAGGGAAUUAAACUGCCGAAAGACUUUUUCGAUCGCCCUACGGAUGACAUGGAAGACAUCAGCUAUGGCAAUCCAUUCAUUGGCCGAGAGCGGAGUCAGCGACAGCUGUACUUGUUCCUCUAUAUGGAGCAGCUGCUCAGCUCAACCGGCCAGACGGUACUUGACUUUGUAAAGUUCGCGGACGACAAACGUGAAAGUGGAAAGCUUUCAAGACGCCACCUGAUUAUACCGGGCUGGAAGCGUUUGCGAAAAUGGGCCACAAGUUUACUCAAGGCGGAAGACACACACGAAAAUGAUAACCUGGGCGACAUCAACGCUCAGAAUAAUAUUCUUCAGUUGGGUGAAGCUUACAAACGGAAGAAGGACCCAGAGCACCUGCGGCCUGAGACCACUUUUCAAAAAAUAGGUGAUAAGGUCAGGCUCAUUCCUGCGAUGUUCCGCACUCAAGAGUCGGCGUACGGUUUCCGGGUUGCGUGCGCCACGAUGACCAUCGCCAUUGUUGGCCUCCUUCACGAUACCCAGGGCUUCUUCAUUAAGCAACGCUUUAUUUGGGCCAUGAUCAUGGUUAAUCUCAGCAUGAGCCCUACCUCUGGACAGAGUAUAUUCGGCUUUGUGCUCCGUAUACUUGGCACUGUAUUGGCCAUGGUUCUCAGCUUUUUAAGCUGGUACAUCCCCGGGAAACAGACACCCGGAAUUAUUGUUUUCUUCUUCAUAUUUUUAUCGUGCGUUUUCUAUGUGCCAAUCAAGCUAUUCCGCUUCCGAAUCAUUGGCAUCAUCACUAUUAUCUCAACGUCUAUGAUAGUUGGAUAUGAACUCCAGGUUCGCAAAGUCGGUGAGCAAGUCGCAACCUCGAACGGCCAGUCAUACUACCCCAUCUAUCUCCUUGCGCCCUAUCGAUUGGCAACGGUGACCGGUGGCAUUGCCGUGGCGUUUUUCUGGACAUUCUUUCCGUAUCCUAUUUCGGAACACUCCGUGCUGCGUCAAAGCCUGGGUGCCUCUUUGUACCUUCUGGCCAAUUACUACUCGCUCAUCCACGAGACCGUGUCGGCACGAGUGCGCGGUGAGGUAGGUGAUAUGGCGCUCAAGACGUCGGCGGGGCGCAAGCUUUUGAAGUCCCGUAACCAGGUGUUUUCCAAGCAGAUGUUGAUGUUGAAUAACCUCCGAACCUACUCCGAGUUCCUCAAAUGGGAGGUGCCGAUUGGUGGCCGAUUCCCCAAGAAGCAGUACGAUUCCAUUAUAGCAUGUAUCGAAAACAUCGUGAGUUACCUGAGUCUUCUGGGAUAUGCUUCAGACACGCUGUUGCAUAUGGGUGAUGAUGAAGAAUCCAACUCUGUCUGGCUGCAUGAUUUUAAACGGCUGGUUGCCAGUGCAGGCGUCACGAGCCAUGAGAUCACCACAGUGCUAUGCCUUCUCUCUGCCAGUAUCACCGAUCAGAGGCCUCUUCCCCCUUACUUAAAGACACCCAGACCGUACAGCUUUACCAAAAGGCUCGAAGCAAUGGACAAGGAUAUUCUAAGUCUGAAACAUAUCGCGGAGCCAGGUUUUGCUACCUUUGCAGUUUUGCAAAUCUCCACACGAUGUAUAGGUGGUGACGUGGAGAGACUUAUGAAGGACGUGAAGAAGUUGGUUGGAGAACUCGAUUUCUCAUUCCAUGCGGUUAGCACAGUGCAGAGUGCAAGGUCGUCUGCUGAGAUGUCGCGCUUUUCGCGCGCGCCCGAGCGGGACAAGCUCGAGUAG